UGCAGCUCCGUGGAACAUCUCUAACUCGAGUCACCGCACAUUGCACCGCGGUGGGACUCCCGCUUACCGCUUGUCCGUUCCUAACUCCGACAUGAGUGGCAAAGUCUCACAGGCUGUGAUCAUAUCUCGCAGGAAUAUCGCAUGCGUUGCCAGUCUUUUGAUAGAAACGGUCUGCAAUUUGCCCCGGCCACAACUCGACGAAUCCUGCGGCGAAGUCACUGACUUGCUCUGUGUCCUACAUCAUGUAUUCUUCCAUGGUUUCAAAUAUAAAUGGUCAAAGCUGACGAAGUCGGUCCAUCCGUGGCGUUUUAUCGCCACUUAUUCUUCGCAGGAUCGUAGCGGAUGUAUUGAAUUAGUGCAUUUAUUGGAGGACUUGCACGAUGAUUCUGCCAAGUUGCUUGCUUGGAUUAAGACAUUAUUGCUCAAGCGUUGCAUUAUUUACGGUUUCGAUUUUGUUCGAUGUACUUGCAGUGCUCUCAAAAAUUAUUAUUAUCCAGGAGCUCUGCUGUUUUCGGAUGACUUUGACAGGAUUAUGGUUCUUGCCCGUCACCUGGGCCGAAUCGAUUUCAACCUGGAUCUGAGGGACAGGCACAUGAAUUCCGAGGUGUUGCGACCAAUAAACUAUGCUGCCUACCUGCAUCGUUGUAGUACGAAGUGUACUGAUGACCGUGAUGGACCACGCGAAUUGCCAGUUUCCAUUUCUCCGUCAUAUUCCCCUUUUUUGGAACUGCGUAACACUUACUUCACGCUGUUGAAGGACUAUGGAGCUCUGGAAGACAAACUGGCCUUACAAGCUUCGAGAUUGAAGCGCUACGAGGCAGAGCUGUCUAAACUGCGACGUCUACGUCAGGAGUUGGAAAGUCAAAUACUUGAACUACAGAUACAAGUGACCCUGUACCACGAAGAAUGUACCAAAAAGUUGCUUGCAGCUGGAUUGAAUUGGUCCGUUCAUCGUCCUCCUACGACUACUCUGUGGGAAUCCAUCAGACAGCGAAGACAACGUUUAGUCGCAGUGGCUGAGCAAGCUUCCGAUAGACCUGUUCAGAACUCACCGGUGAUUCAAGCACAUCCAUCUGAGUAUACGUUGCCAUCCUUGUCAGUUGUAGAUCAAGGCGUUGAUGCUUUGCUACUGGAUGCUUGUGCACAGCAGCAGAACUCCUCUUCUGAUAGUUCCUUUCACCAUCGACGUCUUAGCAUGCACGUUGUUCCUUGUCACCGCCAUUUGGCCUCGGAGACAGACCAGACAUCUGGUGAAUUUGUUCCCAAACUAACCGGGGAGCAGACUUCUCUUGAACGUUCUUGGACAUCUCUAUACGUUACUCCCAGUUUUGUUUCUGAUGAGACUUUACUUUCAAAGGGAAGGUCGACGGGCUGUUUCAGUUUGCAGAAGAUGCCCAGGAGCAACGAGUACUACUUUCUUUCCGACGCGUCCGCUUCUCAGUCGUCCUUUUGCCGGAAAUCCCUUUGUGGUUAG